AGUUGUCUAGCCUGUUGUUUUUUUUAACGUGUUAAUGUUCUUGCUUGAUGCAUAAUAUGAGUUUUACUAUUUGAUGCUGGAAAAAUAUAUUUGUGUUAUUGAAGAGAAACUGUAGGAAUGUAAUUGGUGGGAUUUAUCAAGAUGUUUAUGUUCAUUUCAGUUAAGAACAACAGAAAAAUAUAUAGCUUUACAAUACGUGAAAUUAGAAAUCAAAUUCUAAUUAAUUAUUUCCGACAUUAUGUUUUUUCUCACUCCUCUUAUAGAUGCCGAUUAUAGGGAUAAAUAAUUCGAUAGUAAGCCUAAAAUUUACUCAAUGUAUCGUUUUGAUUUUUGUUUAUACGUACUCGUGCAGUUCAUGCGCACAUAAAAUAAUAUCAAAAUGACUGGCAACGAAUAAAAAAAAUUUGCAUAGAAAACUUAGGAAUUUCAACUAUGGGCAAGUGCAAUCCUGUGACAAGAAUAAUCCCUGCAUCAUUUGCUUGGAUUGUUUUAUUAGCUGCAACUGGGAUUUUUUUCGCAUUUCCCUGUCGCUAUUUGAUGUCUGUGUAUACAAUUGGUAUUCCAAUAUAUCAAAGUAUUAUUACAUUUUUUGUAAUUAUGAACUUUGCUUUGGCAACAUUUGUAAAUCCUGGAGUAAUUCCAAAAGCCACGCCAGAUGAAUCCAAAGGAGAUAGGGUGGGGUCCCCAACUUAUCAAGACAUUGAAAUUCAUGGAGUAAAAGUGCGUCUGAAAUGGUGUGUCACUUGUCAGUUUUACCGUCCUCCUCGCUGCGUUCACUGUGGAGUUUGUGAUAACUGUAUUGAAACCUUUGAUCAUCAUUGCCCUUGGGUGAAUAAUUGCAUAGGACGCCGUAAUUAUCGAUACUUUUUCAUGUUCCUCCUGUGGUUAAGCAUUCAUAUGAUUUCUAUAUUAUGUCUCUGUGUCUUUUAUAUGAAGGAUCACCUUGAUGAAAUAAAACAAUUACAGACAAUAAUGACUAUUAUAAUCAUAGGAAUCAUAGUAAUUCUUUUUAUUCCCAUUCUUGGACUUACUGCAUAUCACAUUAUGUUAAUUAUGCAAGGAAGAACAACAAAUGAGCAGGUUACUGGAAAAUUUAUGGAUGUAAAAAGUCCCUAUACUAGAGGUUGCUGUAAAAAUAUAAUGUAUAGUUUGUGCAAUAGUCCUCUACCAAGGUAUAAAACUGACAAAUCAUUCUAUUCCCUUGCAAAUCAAUACUAUUCAAGAAAUUUCAAUGAUCAGCAAUCAUUAAAAGAAAAUAACUCGCCCCACUCUGGAAAGAGUGCAGGUGUGCAUUUCAAAUACAAUGAUAAAUCUGACUGCAUGUUUCCAAAGCAAAGUUUAUCCGAAGAUUGUGAAGAAGCUCCUCCUGCAAAUUUGAACAGAGGUCGCCUUCAUUUGAGCCUGAGUGAGUCAAUUUACACGAGACCAGAGUCAUCAGUCAGGAACAAAAGCUCUAGAGCUCUAACCCCUCCUGUGCCAAUUAGAUUUGAUUGCUCAAGAAGAUCCUUGCCACCUCACAACAGACUUCAUGCUCCAUCUCCUCAUUAUGUAGUUGCUCAAUCUGUUCAUGUCCCAGCUUUUGCUAAAGAGGCCUCAAAAAUGAGUGCAUGCACUUCAGGCCAGCCUUCAAAUCCAGUCUUGUAUUUCUCCCAUUAUCACGAUCCAUCUAUGGUCAAAUACGAUUACGGUACAUCAACUGGUGAUGUCUGCGGGCCAGCAUCCAAUUUCUAUUCUCAGCUGUACAAGCAGAAGGAUGGUUUUGCCGAUUCUAAAGGGGUGUCUUUCACUUCCCCCGAUUUAACCAAUAGUGGAAAAGUGCCAUCAGACACCUGCUGUUUGGGCAACCAGACUGUGGACAAGCUGCAAGAAAUUGCCAACAGGACUAUGAUCAGCGGCCAGUGCACCGAUGUAUCUGUUCUCGAAGCAUUCCCUAAAGGCUGUAGCAGUUUUCACAAUAGCCCUAGUAAAGAACAUCGGGAUGGUCACCAGUUGCUCAUUGCCCAAACACCUCAACAGUUGUUUGUCAACAAUUGUGUAGAUUGCCAGCAGACUUCAUCUAAUCAUUCUUGCCAAAGUAGUAUUUCUGGUGAAUUUGCACGUACUCCAGGUAACAGACCUUUGUCCUUUGUGAAGGCAAUGGAGAUGUCUGAGACACUGGAUUGGCAUGAUAGUAGUUUACAGCAUUCCAGAGUGUCUGCCACUUCUCCACCUCCGGCAAAAGUGGUGUCAAACUCGACUUCUAACUAUAAUCUGUUAUCCCCAACUUCUAAUGUCGUACCUGAACAUAAAUCUAAAAAAACUGACCAUGAAGUUAGUUAUGAAAUUUCUGUAUGAUCUGUCAUAUUGAUAUCAAUUUAGAGUUUAUUAUUAUUUUUUAUUAGUGUACUAUAAAUAUUUCAUUGCUUUUGUUGUAACAAU